CGAAGGUCAGUAGAGGUAACGAGAGAUAUUGUCAAAGGUUUUCUGGAAACCGAGGUGUCUGGCAGUCUUGGCAUCGUGGUGUUCAUCCAAAAAAUGCAUACGGAGACCACGAACGGAAGGGAAGCAAAGGCGACAAGUUCCUUUGGUAUCGAUGUAGAGGAGAUGGUCGAUGAGGGAAUAGUCAGGGACAGUGUCAAGGUCGCGGAGUUUGGUGUAGGUAGGGGCGAAGUCGGGGCAGGAGGCGUAGCCAUGGACGAAGCGAUGUUGGAGAGAUUGGGGGAGGUUGGCAUGCGUCAUGGCAGCAAAGACUUUCUCACGGGGCUUGUGAUUGGGUCGGCAAAAGAGGGCAUCAACAACACGAUUGGUCUUGCCGGGAGUAUGGCAGAUGGUGAAAGUAAAUUGGGCGAGAAAGUCCCACCAGCGGGCCUGACGAGGGGUGAUAUCCUUUUUGGUGAGGAUACUGGAGACGACAGUGUUGUUGGUGCGAAUGGUAAAGUACUGGCCAUCGCAGUAAGGGCGCCAGACUUUAAGAGCAUAGAUGAUAGUGAGGAGUUCCUUCUCAUUGGAGGGAUAAUUCAUCUUAGCAGCAAUGAGCUUCUUACUCGCGAAUGCGAUAGGGUACUCGUCGGGAGGUGCUUUGUAUUGUGUGGGGGAACCCUUGAUGGGGGGGGGGUCGCGAGGGAAAUGUUGGGAAAGAAUGGUGCCGAGGGCAAAGCUCGAAGCGUCGGCGGGCUGGAGAAGAGGAUCAGCGAGUGGGUCGCUAAUUUAUCGUUGGGAGAAGAUGAGGAGGCGGAGUCCUAUGUGACUAAGGAUGAGAAAACUGCGUUGGCCGCCGAGCUAGCAGCCAUGACAGACCCGAUGGAACGAAGAGAGAGGGAGGAGGAACAAAAGUUAGCAUGGAAGCUGAGGAUGAAGAGAGAGAAAAAGAAGAGGAGAGAGGAAGUGAACAAGAUGACCGCAGAGGUGGCAAAGGUGCAGGAGUGUAGAGCGGAGGUGCUGGCCCAACCAGACGAUAAGGCCAAGUGGGACRAAGUACUGGGGUACCUGGAGGUGUUGAGCAAGGCCUGGAUGGAGGAGCGCCAGGCAAGCUGGAGCCAAGAUGUAGCGUUGAGUGCCAUGCGGUCAGGGUUUAGAGAUUUUGCGCGCGAGUUCGUCACCCAUAUUGGGGGCGAAGUGAAGCAAUUGAGAGAUAAUGUAGGGAAGUUUUGUGAGGGCGCCAUUCAGGGUGCCAAAGCUGUAGCCGCUGUAGAGGGAGAGGCCAGACCCCGUAAGGACCCAAUGAAACUCAAGUUCCCAGAUGCGUAUGGGGGGAAGAAGGAAGAGAACUUUGACAACUGGGAAGCCAGUGUCAACAGUUAUAUUUACUUGCAACAUAUCCUAACAGAGGAGCAAGUCCUCGUGGCCUUCCAGGCCCUGAAGGAUGAAGCGGCUAGCUUCGCCAGGUCACUCGCACGUACAGCCGGUUGUGAAAACAACCUGGUUGCAUAUUCCAAAGUCACUCCUCUUUCCCAAUUCCUCAAGCUCCUCAAGGAGCGGUUCAACGCGAGGCAUUAGAGCCUCUGAUAAGCUCCAAACGAUCCACUCGCGGCAGCGGAGGAGU